UUUAAAAAUGUUAGCAAUAUUUUUAGAUUCAAAAUUUAAGAUUUAUGUAAAAUGCACAUGCUCGUAAUAAAAUGGUUCUGGACUUAGAUCACUGCUGUGAUCCCGCAUCUAGUUCAUCAAGUUCAACCAAAAUAUUCUGCAAUACAAAUAAUAUUUGUAGCUCUUGCCGAUGUCAUCGCUGUUGUACGAGUUCAUUUUUGAAUGAUCAUACCUAUUCUUUGCUGAAAAGGAUCUGCCAUAAGAUAAUAAAAAGCCAUAGCCGUCAACAGUGUCGGGAAAAUUAUUCAGUCUUCGAAGGAGGUAAUAGUACCAAUCUACGAACGCCUAUCGAUCAGCGAGGUUCGUUGAAGGAUUUGGGCUGGCAAAAGAGACGUAGCGAGGAAUACAAUAAAAGAGGACAAAUUAGCAAUGAUCGUCGGCGGGAAGAAACUGAUGAAGGUAAAUUAAACCCCAGAAUCGAUUUGGGCCCAUUAAAGAAGUCACUUAAAGAUAAGGGUAGUAAUGACGAGGAAAUUAGGGCUUCGAAGAGAUUAAAGAAAGGAUCAAACGGAAAAAAUCAGCUAUCCGCAGAAGGAAAAAGUGAAGAUCGAAACAAAAAUAGUGCCAAGCCCAGCCAAGAUGCAGAUACAAGUGUUAUAUCCAAAAAGUCACGAAAAGAGAAAGGCCGGGGUGGAAAAGGAGACGAUAAGGAAAAUGGGGAACACAAUAAGGACAGCAAAGAUAAACGUAAAAUUGAAAGUACUAAAUCCCAAAGCAAUAAGAGCCAUGUUGAAAAAGAUAGCGGCGACAUUGAUAAAAAAGAUACAGAUGUAACUGCAUCUAGAAAGUCGCGAAAAAAUAAGCGCCGAGGCGAUAAAGACGACGAUAAGGAAAGUGGUAACACAGAUAGAGAAGAAUCCAAAAAAUCUCGGAAAGGAAAAAAUGAAAAAGAAAUAGAUGGCGACCGCAACAAAGAAGCGGGUAAAAAUGUAUCUAGGAAAUCCGAUAAAGACAACAGGCGAGGGAAUAAAGAUAACGAUGACAAUGGUAACAGUAAAAAAGAUAAAACUGAAUCGGGAAAGUCUAUAAAAGAUAAAAACCGAAGUGGAAAAGAACUGGAAAGGGAAAAAGGUGAAAACGAUCAGAACGAAUCUAAAAAUCCUAUUAAAGGUUCAGGAAAGUCAAAAAAGCGAAAAUCUCUUAUUGACGACGAUGAUAAUAAUCGAUCUCAGAGCAAUUCAAAGAAAGACCAAGUUGAUGGAUCGGGAAAGUCUAUGAAAGAUAAAAACCGAAGUGGAAAAGAACUGGAACUGGAAAAAGGUGCUAACGAUCGGAACGAAUCUAAAAAUCCUAUUAAAGGUUCAGGAAAUUCAAAAAAGCGAAAAUCUCAUAUUGACUACGAUGAUAAUAAUCAAUCUCAGAGCAAAAAAGACCAAGGUGGUAGAUUUUCGAAAUCUAAAAAAGGCACUACUGGGGAAAUCGGAGAUAAGUCUAUCGAUGACAAUGCAAUUAAUGGCAGAGUUGACAUAGGCGGUUCUAGAAAAAAAUAUGGUGAUAAUGCAAGAAAAUUAAAUACAAUUAGUGUCGAAGAUAAAAGUAAAUCACAUGGACUACAUGAAUCAGGCGCAGGAAGAAAGUCAUUUAAUAAAAAGAAGGGUGUAAGUAAUGACAGCAAUAUAAAUAAAAAGAAUAAACUGCGCUCUUCCGGUCAAAGUGCCUCUAAAUUAAAGGUCGAAAGUAAAUCCGGUGUACGGUAUGGUAUCAAAGGGUCGAAAAACAUUAAGGUUGACAGGCCCACAAGUAGAUCUGAGUUAUACAGGCAGAGAUUCCUCAGGCCUAGUCGGUGCGAUGAAGUUCGGCCGUGUGAUAUCCUGCGUACCCAUUUGGAGCAACGAGAUCUUUCAAGAGGCUUUCAUAGCUGUCCACGAACCAAUAACUGUAGGAUGUGCACACCAUGUUGUCUCAAUGGUGUGACUGGCACAUCUUGUUGAUGACUUUUGAGAACGUAAUACGUUGAUGCAUACUUUAAAAACUAUGAGUUAAAAUUAUUAUGAGGAUACAAAUUAUUUAAUUACCAUAAAGAAGAAUUUAAAACGUAUAUAUACGUAUACUAGGCGUGUUCAUAAUUUACUAGUUUACAUCUACAUAUGUACUUUCUCAUUUUCGGAUGUUUGACCAUGAGCUUUUAUUUCCUUGCAGAGGGUAUUCAUAUUUUUAGAAGAUGUUUCAACGUCGAGAAUCAUGUCUCGUUUGUACAUACACUUUUGAUCAGCAUCAAAUUCGUUAUAAAUAUGUCCUACUGUCUGUUUCGAGGAAAAUUAAUUCACUUAUAUUGCACUAACCUUUUAUUUUGGUACAAACAUACAUAUAUAUGUAUGUAAGUUUCGUUUGGUUUUCUGUAUUUCAAUGAAACUAUUAAAAAGGUGGUUUCCAUACUAUUUUACGCAAUAAAUAUGUAAAUAUAUGUAUGUAAGUCCAUAAAAACUAUCGCUUCAAAACAAAACUUCAUCAGAAGGUUUUAUUGUUUUUAAAGUUUUUUUUAUUGUUUCAAAAAACCGCUAGAACUAAUGUGUUUUUAUAAAUCGUUUACAAAUAAAUAUUACCAAAAUAUCAUAUAUGUAUGUACAUAUGAAUUUACCAUAAGCACACCGUGUGAGAGUCUCAUAAAAUCUUCUAUUUUGCUUUCAGUGGCCAAAUAAGCAAUUUUUCUGUAACCUUGCUUUACGAGUCAUUCAUUGGCUCUUUUUAAGGUUAAUGUCACACAAAAUUUUCUGUUUUUGAGUUUUCCCGUGGAUUUUUGUAUAAAUAUGCCUGAAACACCCACACAUGCCAUUGAAUUUUGUGAGUAUACAAGACUUUUCAUAUUGUAUAUUCACAAAUACAUUUAAUUUUAUUAUUAGUAUGGGUGAGUAAAUCUUUACUCAAUUUUGUUGGAAAACAAAAUUUAUUUUUAUCCCAUUUUCAGGCAUGUACAUAUGUAUGUACAUAUGCACAUACAUACAUACAUAUGAGUAUUUUUUGAAUAAUUAGUUACCAGAUACAUAUAUUGGUAGCAGAUUUUCAAUGUGUACUCUGAGGUGGAGUACCAUGAUAUUAUUCUGAAGUUUGAAACAUCCCCCCAAAUGCCAUUUUGUACUUUAUCAGUAUUUGUAAUCGAGUGGAAAUAGCAAUGACUGUCUUCCAUUAGUCCUUUUCCAGUCCAGUCCCUUAUUUUAAAGCGAAUUAAUUUGAAAUGUUCGAAACAAGAUCAAGGCCCAUAGUAAAUAUAAACUCGGCUUCCAAAAAGUAUUUAAUUGAGUAUCAUUUAAACAAUCUUCCGAUUAAAAUAUAUUUGGUGUUUAUAUGGUCUUAACACUCCUUUUAUUUGGGAUAAGAGAUAUAAAUAAUACUACCAUUGACGAAUAACCGCAAAGAGGUCAAGCUUAUUCGAGGAUAUGUACUUAGUACAUCUAUCAAAAAAAAUAAUGUAAAAAAUCGUAAACAUAUGUACAUACAUAUGUACAUAAGUACAUGCAUUCGACUGUAUAAGCUAUAAAAGAUAUGGCGGCUUUCCAUUGGGAGGAUAAUAGUUUUAGAGAGAUUCAAAAACAUCUGUGUAUUUUUUUACGUCGUGUUCACAAUUUGAUUGCUCUGGCACUUAGGAGUAUUGGCUAUGAGAUCCAGGUGUUUCUGCAGACAGACAGAAAAUAAAAUGGCCUAUACAGAUUCGACCGAUGCUUAUCAAGAAUGUACUCGUAUAGUGGCUA